AUCGCCUUGUUUAGAUCUCAGCUAUCCCAGUCCUGCUCUGGACCUCUGGUGCCUGGUGUUCUCCUCCCCUCUCACUCUUCAGUCCUCACCCUCCCUUGCUCUCUGGCCACUCUCACCCACCCAGCAAGGAAGAAUGGAGUACGAGAGGAUUCAUCAGAAAGCCCAGGCUGGUGCCCUUUCUCCAACAAAGCUAAGGAUGAAGAUUAUGGGGGCCCACAAUCGAGUAAGAGUCAUCACCAGCAACUCAUCAUCGCGAACAUCACCUGCAAAAAACAUUGAAGCCUCACAAGCGCAGAACAGGCUACUAGUCUGUGAUGUUCUUGAAGAAGUUUCAGACAACUCAGAUGGCACCAAACACCCUUCAGCAAUUAACAAAACUGAAGCAGUAGGAAAGGAUUCAGCAUUAGAUGUCAAUAAGGUUCAAAACACUUCCAAGAGUUCAGUUCCCCAACCAGCAACAAGCAACUCGAGCAUGAUACAUCCAGUGAGACCUGUGGAAGAAGACAGUACUGAAUGCGAUAGUGGGCUUGACAAUGCUAGUACUAGUAGCUUUGAGUUCCAUGGAGGUGAGAAGACGGCGACGCAGAAUCCAGUAGCAGGGUAUUUCUCUAGACAGGCUUCCUCGAAGUGGAAUGACGCUGAGAAAUGGAUCGUGAACCGGCAGAAUGUUAAUCAGAACAUCUCCAAAGGCACAGCACAGAAUCAGACUGUACACCAGAUGAAUUCUGCUGCAGCCAGGGGUGUCAUUGUUCCCAAAAUUUCUGGUCGCCCUGUGCAGAAAAUGAAGAGAGUGAAUCCAGCUUUGUCUGCUCCACGCAGCAUAUUAGAGAGGUUAUCUUUUGCUUCGUAUCAGCCAAAGGUGGUUAGGCAUGCAGAUGUCUGUCCAGUUAGUAGUUCUAGUGCUAUCCCCGAGUAUCACAAGGCAACUGAUGCUGGUUCAGAAAUAGAAGUGAAGCCCUGCAACGAUCCAAAAGCUAUUUCAACAGUUCAGUCAGUGUCUGUGAGAGAUGUUGGCACAGAAAUGACUCCAAUACCUAGUCAGGAACCUUCAAGGACGGGAACUCCACUUGGGUCAAUGACUCCGACUCGAAGCCCUAAUUGUUCGAUACCAUCAACACCUGUAGGAGGGAGGUCAGUAGCAUCACCUGGAGAAGACAACACAGAUGAUGGACCAUAUUUCAACAGAAAAGGUGUCACACAUGGAAAUGAAUUGUCAGAUACUGAAAUGAGGCUCAAGACAAGGCAAGAAAUUGCCGCUCUUGGUAUACAGCUAGGAAAGAUGAACAUUGCUACAUGGGCCAGAAAAGAAGAGCUAGAACUAGUCUCUGCAGCACCGAGCAUUGCUGAUUUGGAGCGGAUGAAGAAGGAAUAUGCUGCCCGUGCUGCAUCAUAUGAGGAGGCAGAAAAUACUAAACAUACAGCAAGAUUCAAAAAGGAAGAGGUGAAGAUUGAAGCUUGGGAAAGUCGUCAAAGAGCAAAAAUUGAAUCUGAAAUGAGAAGGAUAGAGGAACAUGCUGAGAGAAUGAGAAGUGAGGCCAUGGUGAAGAUGGCUGAAAAGCUAGAGAUGACACGCCGCAUUGCUGAAGAGAAACGAGCUUCAGCCAAUGCCAAAAUGAACCAGCAAGCAGCAAUAGCAGUUCAGAAGGCUGCAAAGAUUCGCCAAACAGGACGAGUUCCAGGAUCAAAUAUCCUAUGCUGCCGUGGCUGCUUCUGUGGACCUUAGAUAUCAACAAAUAGUAUGUUGAAUGUAGUGGUGGGAAAUCUAAACUCCACCCUCUAAAUCAGCAUUCCUUGAUUUUAGUGUGGAAACGGGAAUGUCUGGUUAGGUAUUCAGAUGCAAACAAAUACUUGUUUGUCAUGUAAAUUAUUCCAAUGCAUUUUUUUUUAUCUUGGCCAGUGUAAAAAGCACCCAGUUAAUUGUUGGUCAAUGAAGGAGAAGUCCUCAAUCAGUAGAAAGUAGAGAUGACAAGCUGUGAUUGACAACA